UAAAGAAAAAAAAAGAAUAGAACAAAAAGAACAGCUGGGAGGAUUUAGGAUAAAAGGACACUAGACACUUCCCUGCUUUUGCUCACACUGCCCCAAAAAAACUCACUGAAACACUUUGACUGUUCAGAGAGAGGUAGACAUGGUGCUUUACAACGAAGAUAGUCGCAGCAAAUCAGUUUCCACUCUAAUACUUCUGCUUGGUUUCUGCGUCAUCGCCGCAGCUUCCGACAGCAAACCUUCACCGGUCGAAGACGGCUUGGUGGUUAACGGUGACUUCGAGACUCCACCGUCAAACGGCUUCCCUGACGACGCCAUGGUCCAAGACGCCACCGAGAUCCCUAGCUGGCGCUCUGACGGCACCGUAGAGUUAAUAAAGUCCGGUCAAAAACAAGGCGGAAUGAUCCUGAUCGUUCCCGAGGGACGUCACGCGGUGAGACUAGGAAAUGAUGCUGAGAUAAGCCAAGAAAUGACUGUGGAGAAAGGUUUUAUCUACUCGGUCACGUUCAGUGCCGCCCGCACGUGUGCGCAGCUAGAGUCGCUGAACGUCUCGGUUGCUUCUGGUGAGCCUAUCGCGUCGCAGACCAUUGACUUGCAAACGCUUUACAGCGUUCAAGGGUGGGACCCUUAUGCUUGGGCGUUUGAAGCGGUUGAGGAUCGUGUUCGGUUGGUUUUUAGGAAUCCUGGUAUGGAGGAUGAUCCUACUUGUGGUCCAAUCAUCGACGAUAUCGCUGUUAAGAAACUCUUCACUCCUGAUAAACCCAAAGGCAAUGCAGUGGUUAACGGAGAUUUCGAAGAAGGUCCGUGGAUGUUCAGAAACACAACCUUAGGUGUUCUCCUCCCCACAAACCUCGACGAAGAAACAUCCUCCCUUCCCGGUUGGACCGUAGAAUCGAACCGGGCAGUCCGGUUCAUCGACUCAGACCACUUCUCAGUCCCUGAAGGAAAGCGUGCUUUGGAGCUUCUAUCAGGCAAAGAAGGCAUAAUCUCUCAAAUGGUUGAGACAAAAGCCAACGUUCCGUACAAGAUGUCUUUCUCCUUAGGUCACGCAGGCGACAAGUGCAAGGAGCCUUUGGCUGUAAUGGCCUUUGCCGGCGAUCAAGCUGAUAACUUCCACUACAUGGCGCAAGCGAACUCGAGUUUUCAAGUGUUAGAGUUGAACUUCACGGCGAAGGCGGACCGUACGAGGAUUGCGUUCUAUAGUGUUUAUUAUAAUACUAGGACGGAUGAUAUGAGCUCCUUGUGUGGGCCUGUGAUUGAUGACGUCAAGGUUUGGUUCUCUGGGUCUAGUAGAAUUGGUUUUGGGUUUCCGGUUUUGGUUCUUGUUCUCGCGUUGGUUUUUAUCUAGAUAUGGCUCCGGUUUAGAUUUCCCUGGAUGUUCAGAAUAUGUAUUGGUGGACCGGGAAAUUUAUACGCUUUGUUCAAAAUGUUGUAUGGUUAUGUAUCAGCUCAAGCUGAAAUGAAAAGCCUUUUAUGUUUUGAUGUAAUUCGUGGUCCAAUGCAAGACGUUUUGAUUAAUCACACACUUGAUCAAGACUCAGAGUCUUAGAGCA